AGACGCAACUUUUUGCUAAAGCGAGAUAAAUCUGGACAUUUUCCAAGGAUGUGGCUUCAUGUAUUGGUACUAAUAUUCUGCAUUCACAGGAUCGGCCCAACUUCCUUAGAGUUUUGGUUAACGGCGUUAGACACAACUAUUUGCAACACUACUACGGUUGUCUCUCCGCAUAUCUACGGGGUUUGCUUUAAAAAACAACCAAUUGUCAGCCCAAUGAAUUUAGCCGCUGGUCUUCAAUUAUGCAUGGCUGAACCGUCACAUUGUGAUGGCUUGUUUUGGGACUUUACUGCUGCCGAAUAUCACGCGUUUGAUCUCACUGGGGCAAUACAAUGUUAUGGGAAAUUCUAUGCAGGAAACUCUCAAGCUCUGUCAGAGCAAGGGCAACCAAAGCUAUGGAUCAAGAGGAGUCUCAUUCAAUCCCAGGGUCACGAAUACUUCAUAGCCUUGCCAAAUGCUGGAGCAGCCCAUGGACUCACAAAUCGGGCAGCACCUAUCAUGGGCAUUCCACAGAUUACAGUCCUUUUAGACGCUUUUGUACCCUACCAAAAUGGAGUCUUAGGCUGCCACUUGCAAGAUGGAUAUUGCCAUUUUCUAGACUUAAGCUUAAAAACAUGGACAGCUUUUGAGAGCUUCAGCCCAGGUUCCCAUUUGAAAGGCAGAUUGGCGCAGAUCUAUGGUCACCCUAUAGUUAUUGGAGGCUAUAGCUCCAUCUCGUCUUCUUUACCUCUAAAGCUAACCGACUCAGUUCAGAUCUAUGAUCCUAAAGACCAGACUUGGAAAGAUGCCCCCAGAAUGAUCAAAGCCAGGGGGAUGUUUACUUGCCACAAUUUGGAUUUUGAGAGCAUUAUUGUCAUUGGUGGAUACAUUGACGACUCUCCAGGACAGACUGACCAAGUGGAGCGUUGGACAUUUGGCCAAUCAUUUUGGGUGGCAUUGAACCCCUUGCCCCAAGCAAUCGGCCCUCACCAAAGCGUUGUAACAGGUUGGCCUGAUGGUCGCAAGGGGAUAUUAAUUUUAGGCGGGCGUGGUGGCUCCCCCGAUCCUUCAGCUUUAAAGAACUGGGCGUUUUUCUUGGAUUUUCAAAGCAUGUCAUGGGAGGAUGCACCCUCUCAGUAUUUGCCCGAGGCAAUGGAUUUUGGUGAACUGUAUUACUUGAGGAACAUGUUAUAUUCAAUUCCAAUGUUCCAACCCACCGAUGAUGGAUCUUCAUCCCCCGGAACAGUCAUCCUGACCAAGGAUAUGUCGGUGUUCAACUCAACUUGGGUUGAAAGUGAUGUGGAUAUACCCGCGGGCACUCAAAAUAUUUUCAUAUUGGGCGCUCAGCAAGUUAUCAUAACUCAAAAUUGAAGUUCUUGAGUUGUUCGAUGGAUGAUUUAUGUCAUAAAAUGGAAGCGAGAUACGCACUUUAACUAAAAGAAGUCCUUGUAAAGU